UAUAUAUUUUAUAUUAAUAUUGGUAUAUAUUCCCUAAAUAGAGAUAUAUUUUACGAAGUAGGAGUACGUUUCUGAUAAAAAUGGGUAUAUUUUAUACUAAUAUUGGUAUAUAUUCCCUAAAUAGAGGUAUUUUUAUGUAGAUGUGGAUCUAUUUUCGAGGAGUGGGGGUAGAUUUGACCUAAGCGCCGUUCUCUUGUCCUGAUUCCAGGGGAUGAGCGUUAAUUGCCGGCAGCGCUGGAUUAGAGCCCCGGGGGGGCCGUGUCCCCGUGUCCCCCCCCUCGGGAUUAGUGACAUCACGGCGGAGCCUUCUUAAACCUCCCCCCGCCGCGAGGACGCCUUCCCCGCCGCCAGCGCCGCCGCAGUGGGCACCGCAGCCGUCGCCGCCGUCGCCGCCGCAGCGCCGGGGGUCGUGCCCGGAGCAUGAUGGCGUACAUCAAACAGCCCCACUACGGCGUCAACGGGCUCAGCCUGGCGGCGCCCGGCAUGGACCUCCUGCACCCCGCCGUCGGCUACCCCGCGACGCCGCGGAAGCAGCGCCGGGAGCGCACGACGUUCACGCGGGCGCAGUUGGACAUCCUGGAGGCGCUGUUCGCCAAAACGCGCUACCCCGACAUCUUCAUGCGCGAGGAGGUGGCCCUCAAGAUCAACCUCCCCGAGUCCCGCGUCCAGGUGUGGUUCAAGAACCGCCGCGCCAAGUGCCGGCAGCAGCAGCAGCAGAGCAGCGGCCAGGCCAAGGCUCGCCCCGCCAAGAAGAAGAGCUCGCCGGCACGCGACGCCGCCGCCGAACCGGGGGUCCCCGGCCCUUACAGCCCCCCGCCCUCCGCGCCCGCCGGCACCCCCAGCUCCGCCGCCGCCGCCGCCGCCACCGUCUCCAUCUGGAGCCCGGCUUCCAUCUCGCCCGUCGCAGACCCGUUGGCGUCUUCGGCUACGCCGGGAUUACCGCGUUCGGCGCCUUUUCCCGGCACCUACAGCCAAGGCGGCGGUUACGGGCAGGGCUACGCCGGCUCGGCCGCCUAUUUCGGCGGCCUGGACUGCGGCUCGUACCUGUCGCCCAUGCACGCGCCGCUCGGCGCGCCCGGCGCGGCGCUCAGCCCUUUGGCCGCCCCGGCCAUGGGCGCCCACUUGGCCCCUUCGCCCGCCGGUUUGGCCGCGCAAGGGUACGGCACCGCCGGAUUGGGCUUCGGCCCCGUCGACUGCCUGGACUACAAGGAUCAGGCGACCGCCUGGAAGCUCAACUUCAACGGCGCCGACUGCCUGGAUUACAAGGAUCAGAGCUCCUGGAAAUUCCAGGUGUUGUGAGGGCGCAGCCGCUGCGGCUCCUCGGAGAAGGGCUGCGGCGCGGGGCGGCUGCGCGGCAACCACCGGCCCUGCGCGGAGCCUCCUCGGGGAAUGGAGCGUCCCGGCGUGGAGCAGCUUGGAAGCGUGCUGCAUCCCAAGGGCCUGGAGCAUCCCGGCAUGGAGCAUCUCCAAAUGGAGCAUCUCCACAUGGAGCAUCUCCGCAUGGAGCAUCUUGG